GUUGAUUUACCACAAUUCUCUUAAGGACAAAGAGAGAAACACUAGAGGUAGCUAAGUGAAACUGUUUAGUUAGAGGAUUUAUUUAAUAAUAAUCACAUGGCUGUGUUAACUUGUUCUAGAUUAACAAUGAUUAGUUUGGGUCUGUUUGUCCUCGUUGUGGGAAGUGCCAAUGCACAACUUUCUGAAAACUUUUACUCAAGUUCUUGUUCACAACUCUCUUCUACGGUGAAAUCCACAAUGCAAUCUGCCAUAUCAAAGGAAGCCCGAAUUGGUGCUUCCAUCCUCCGUUUGUUUUUCCAUGAUUGUUUUGUCAAUGGAUGUGAUGGAUCAAUUCUAUUGGAUGACACAUCAAGCUUUACAGGGGAGAAAAACGCAAACCCGAACAGAAACUCUGCUCGUGGAUUCGAAGUAAUCGACAACAUAAAGACAGCCGUAGAGAAAGUAUGUCCCGGAAUUGUAUCUUGUGCUGAUAUCCUUGCCAUAGCUGCCAAAGACUCCGUUGAGAUUCUUGGAGGCCCAACUUGGAAUGUAAAAGUUGGAAGAAGAGAUGCUAAGACAGCAAGUCAAUCUGCAGCAAACACAGGCAUCCCAGCACCCUCUUCCAGCCUCACUCAACUCACUUCAAGGUUUAGUGCUCUUGGUCUUUCCACCAAGGACUUAGUCGCUUUGUCAGGUGCUCACACGAUUGGACAAGCAAGGUGCACAAACUUCAGGGCACGAAUCUACAACGAGACCAACAUAGAUACUUCAUUUGCUACUACAAGGAAAUCAAGUUGUCCAAGUACAUCAGGCUCAGGGGACAACAAUUUGGCACCUCUUGAUCUUCAAACACCAACUUCCUUCGACAACAAUUACUUUAAAAACCUUAUUCAGAAAAAAGGUCUUCUCCAUUCUGACCAACAACUUUUCAAUGGUGGCUCUGCUGACUCCAUUGUGACUGGAUAUAGUACUAAUCCAACCUCUUUUUCCUCUGCUUUUUCUGCGGCUAUGAUCAAGAUGGGAGACAUUAGUCCUCUCACUGGAUCCAAUGGAGAGAUCAGGAAGAAUUGUAGAAGAACCAACUAAUUUUUUAGUCUUAAAGUAAGGGUCCUAGUUAUACACAGAAAAUAUUGUGUUUUAGUUAUGUGUGAGGAAUAAGUUGUUAAACAUUGUGUCAAAAAUAUGUUGUUAAGUAAAUGUUUUCAGUAUUGUCUUUUUUAUUUGGUGUACUGUCUUACCUAAUUUAUUUUGUUUUGUUUUUUUUCUUUACAAAACUGUAAGAAAAGGCUUAAUUAAUUACCCUUUAUGAUUACCUCAAGAAGGGAGAUUAAUUAGUUUGAUUUUGAUA